AGUUUCUGACAUUAUAUUGCACAAAGACUAUGAAUAGAAUGAAUAAACGUAUCUAUUUGCGCUUUUUAUGGGCUUGCAAUUCAUUUUAUUGAUGUUAAAAAUAUCUUUAAUCGAACUAGCAUUACUUGAUACUUCUUUAUCUUGGACAAAGAAUAUAAUGCGAACCAUGGAUAAGUUAUUUUGAUAUGAUGAAACCACAGAACAUAGAUCUAUGUUCUGUGGAUGAAACGUAUAUUGGGUAUAACAAACUAAGUUAUAUUUUAAAGUUGAUCUUUUUUUUUUCUUUCCAGGAAUCGUCGAUCCAACUUGCGUUCUUGAGUCAGAUUUUGGAUUCAAAAUAAACUGCGCAUUCAAGAAAUCGGGUUUGUUUAGGGUACGAAAUCUUGGAGGGAUCAAAGCACACGCCAGUUUAGGUUUUAGCUUGGGAGAUGAGCUUGGUUUCGAGCAGUCCCUUACAAAUUUAGACCCCAGCAGACGGCGGUCUGUGAACGUCAGGAAUGGAGUACCACCUAAUCUUAUAGGAACCACAUCGCGCCCGGCUGCUAAGCAAGAGAAACGCGGUAAACAAAACAGGAUCAUGAUGCGACCCGCUGCUCCGUCAUCGCGUCCCAACCACGCCGCCAUGGACAAACUCAGCACUCUGCAUAGAAGAAUCGCCACCACUAUGCAACCCAUAGUCGUGCCAUCCGUAGAAACGCCUAGUUUACCACCGAAGCCUACACAAGGACUUACCAUGGCAAAACCGAUGCCUAUGGGUGUCCCACCGUUCAAACCCCUUCCGCCGAAAGAAGACACGCUAAAAGUAGUACCGAUAUCUACCACGACGAACACGUUUCCUCAAGUGCCGCAAGCGAAAGGACCCGGACUCGCCUAUCAAAGUGAGAUUUACCCACAAUCACACAACCAAAUAUCAAAAAUGGUUUCACAAAUGACCGCAGUACAAUACUCGCAGCCUCAACUCAUCAAAAUUACACCUACACCUAUCAUAAUCCAAUCGAACACUCCAAAACUUUACCCGCUACCUACCACCGUGAAUCCGUUCAUUCCGAUGCCGGUGGCGGCACCGCCCACACAAGCUAUAUCUAUAAUACCCGCGCCCACGUUAACACAAACACAUCCGCAACCUUACCGUCCUGUUUUCAACACCGUUUCAGUCCAAAAUCCCAUUUCUAACUUUAUAGACCCCGGUCCUCAGCGAGCGCAGGAGUUGGCCGAAUACGCGUACAACACUAAGAAGGUCGACGAAUACAACACUAUUACUGGAUACGGCGAUGAUACCGCGCUGAAGUUCGACAAGGAGGAUAUAAAUUCGAAGAUAGUGGAGAUUGCUAAAGCAGGCAACAUUUCGAUGGAAGCGGUCGAGGCGGCGAUAGCUCUGAGACAGCAGCAGCUGCUGAGCAAGUACGCCAACAUGCCGGUGCCCACCACCUCGACCACCACCACAACCACCACCACCACUACCACCGAGGUACCGUUCGUGUUCCAGCCGCAACCGGAGCCAGAGAUAAUAGUCGCUUCACCACAGAAACCCAAAAGGAACCCUACAGUGGGUAAGGUGAUGAAUGCGCCGAGAGAGUACUACCCGGUGGGAUAUGAGAAGAACUUCGACGAUCACUUCCAGUCCAAAGUAGACCUCCCCGAGACAGACUUCCACUGCGGCGACCAGAAGUACUUCCCCGGACUGUACGGGGACGAGGCACUGGGAUGCAUGGUAUUCCACGUGUGCGCGCUGACGGAUGAGGGUCUAGUGAUGAAGUCAUUCCUGUGUCCGGAGUCCACUUUGUUCGAUCAAACCAUCCUCAAGUGCAAUUGGUGGUUCUACGUAGAUUGUCGCAGUACUGCCAAGCUGUACGAUACCAACAUACCCGUCUCCAAGAGCUACCAGCUCAUGAAGGCUCUGACAUUUUUCUCUUCCUACAAGAAGGACGAGCAGGGGGACGCAAAUCAACCUGCCAAUCCUGAAGACGUCGAAGGAAUUAAAGAAGCCAUCUCCAUUUUAGAAAAUCAAAAACAAACUCCUAACACUCUCCAAGUUAACGACCAAAGCAAUAUCCAAAUUAUUACUCCCCAACCUAUCAUUGACGAAAGAAAUAAUCACAAAACGACAUCCACUGAAAAUUCUCCUGUAUAUCGAGCUACUAGAAACUAUAAUAAUUCAAACAGUACCAGAAGAAGUCCUCCUAAAAACAGAUCAAAGGAAUCUAGUUCUGAACUAAAGCAGGAUACAAUUAACGCUUCAAGCUCAAAAGAGAAUACAACGAAAUCUGAAUCUGAAAGAAAACAUAGAAGAAGAAUGACUUUAAAGAAUACCCCAGUUACUACUAGUACUAUAGCAACGCCUACUACUACGACCACUGAAAAACAAUUAGACACGACUACUCCGAUAAUAGAAAUAGUUAAGCAAGAAAUACAACCAAUAGAGUUUUUCAACAUAGGAAAUGCUCAACAAAGAAAACUCAUAGAAGAAUUAAAAGAUUUACAUAAAAUAGACGAAACAUUACUUUCAGAAGCUGAAAAUGCAGCACCAGUAAAAAGAUUUUACAGAUCGAGUGCAGAAAAAGACAGCAAAGAAGUUGCUUAUGUAAAUAAUGAGAAAGUGCAAAUAGUGAGGCCUACAUCUAUGGCUAAGCUAGUGGGCGAUUACCAAACGCCUACUGCUGUUAUAGCGAAAUUAGACGAAGCGGUUGUGGGAAAACCGUACUCUAGAGUUAAGAAAUCACCAGUUUCUAUAGUCACACCGGUGAAUCACGAAAACUAUAGAAUUCAUACGAAAGACCAGACAUAAACUUUAGUCCAAGUAUUAGUCAAUAUAUUAAUUUAAGUGUCAUAUAAAGCCUCUUGUUAACUUAUUUAUUCUUAGUAGACACGUAAAAGUCCUUGUGUGUGGAUAAUUACGGUACGCUCAAUGUUUUUUAUGUUUUUAGUCUAGUGGAAAUCAGUCAAGUGAUAUUACGGUGUAUGUUUUAGUGUAGAAAUAAAAAUUGUUUCCUAA